UCAGCUGAUGUUGUCAAGAAGACACACAUAGACCAUGUGACUGAAUCGUUGCUUUACAUUCACGCACAUAAAAUAUUUGUGCUAAAGUUAGACACGAUACACCGAAUUUUCCAAAACUCACGGCCAGAAUGGCUGUUUCAGUUUUCGCGUGAGAAACACCGACGCCUCCAAAGUAGAAAAGCAGAAACAAUAAUUGUUUUUGCUCUGUUAGAGAAAGUGAACCCCUCAUUGUGGUUUUAAAAAAAUCAUCAGAUGCAUGCUGCAGUUUUUCUGUCUCUGCAUGACAGAAAAGUGUGAAAACCAGAGAAGCUUUUCCUGCCUCGUAACCUUUCACACGCUCUUGUGGUGCAACAGGGUGCCUUGCCUUCACCUGCACAACACAAAUGGGCACCUGCCUGUGAGGCAACAUGGAGACGGAGGGCGUCCUCGUUCGCUCCAUCUACUACGGCAGAAUCGGGAGCAGGGCCACGGAGAAGCUGCUGGAGACGUUUGGACGGGACGGCAGCUUUCUGCUGAGGGACAGCAGUACGGUACGAGGGGCCUACUGUCUGUGUGUGAGGAAAGCACCCUUUGUACACACCUACAGGCUUGAACGCGACGCCGACGGCUGGUACCUUCAGGACUUAAGAAACGGACAGCUGAGGUUUGGAACUCUGGAGUCGCUGAUCCAGCACUACGGAGGGCAUGAGGUCUCUCACCUGGGCAUAGUUCCCCUCACUCAUCCGCUGGACAAAACAACAGUACCAAGCAGCUGGAUUCAAGUUUCCCUGUUUCACACCGCAGGACUCGUGUACAUGGAAGUGAACGGCAGCAGCAGCAGCUAGCCUGGCCCCCCUGGAGCCCCCCCGUCUUUUGGCCAAGAGCCAAAACCAUCUGUUGCCUCAACUGAAAUCUUUCAUAUUUAUUAUUCUAUUAAGAAUUGUUUCUUUUACUACACCUCUGAAAUAAAUGUGACUUUUUGACUA